AUGCCAACGACCUCGACGACCAAUGUCCGCGGCACGACGACACCCAACGUGGCCGCGGGUCGCCUUACCGACGUGCCGCAGCGAAAAAUAAUUCUCGACGUGGCGAAAGGGUUGGCUUAUCUUCACUACGGUAUAAAACCGGCCAUUUAUCACCGUGACAUCAAGGCCACAAACAUCUUGCUCGACAGCGAGAUGAGGGCAAGAGUUGCCGAUUUCGGGCUAGCGAGGCAAACAAGAGAAGGGCAAUCUCACCUCACCACAAGGGUCGCCGGAACUCACGGGUAUCUCGCCCCGGAGUACGCGCUCUACGGGCAGCUGACUGAGAAAAGCGACGUAUACAGCUUCGGAGUGGUAGUGUUGGAGAUCAUGAGCGGGAGGAAGGCACUGGACAUGUCAUCACCGACGAACAUGGUGCUGGUUACCGAUUGGGCGUGGACGCAGGUGAAGGCAGGGAGGGCGGAGCACGUGCUCGACCCGUGCAUGUUGACGGACGGGGCAGGGAACCAGAACCCGAGGGGGAUCAUGGAGAGGUUCGUGAUGGUGGGGAUAUUGUGUGCUCAUGUCAUGGUCGCGCUGAGGCCAACGAUAUCGGACGCCCUCAAGAUGCUCGAGGGGGACAUCGACGUGCCAGCUCUACCGGAUAGACCGCUUCCCCUGGGUUAUCAUGGGUCGCCGUCGAUUGAGGGGAGCACCUUUGGGGGUACAGCAUCACCAAUCAGUGGUUUCUUCGUCAAUUCUGGGGAAAUGCUCAGAUGAGGAGAGAAUUGAGAGCAAGGCGGGGGGGCUAAAUUGCACGGUUAAUUGCACAUAGAGCCCCUUGGUGAAAAUCUGUUGUUGCGGAUAGACCCCCUAAGUGAAAAUGUAUUGUUGCAGAUAGACAUGAAAGGGUUCAAAAAAUUUCAAGCUCAGAGGCCUACCUGCAAUAGCCUACGGGGAUAGCAAAGUUCAAAAGAGCAAUACUACCGACGCCCUAUGUGCAAUUAGUCCUACAAUUAUAUAUGACGAUUUUUCUGAAGAAAAUUCUAACGGAAAUCAGAAAUCAAGCACUCCAAACUUUCUUUGGCAUGAGAAAUUAUAAUGUCAUAAAUGAAGGAUAGAUAAUACAUCAGUUGGUUUCAAAUCAGGAGCUUCAAACUUGGGAACAUAAAGAUACAAUUUACAGGCGGGUGAUACACUCUGAGCUCAAGUCUGUGAUACACUUGCAGAGCUCAAGUCUGUGGUACACUUGCGUCGCUCCAGUUUUUCGUUUUC